AACGAACAUCAGGAGUGGGCGGAGCCUGAGCGAGACUCAAAAAACCUAAAAGCUUUCCCCCAGAUCACUGCCAAGGUAACGAGCCACGGGCUGCGUGUGCGCGCAGGUUCGGGACACGUCCGGGACAACAGUCCGCCUUCUGCUAAAAACCUUUCCCAAAGAGCAGCGAGCGGAGGAGGAACCGCGCCUUAUCUCAUCAGAGGUCCUUCAGACCCGGACCACAGUCGGACACCUCAAAGGCACUCACCGAUGUCCGCUCUGGAGCGCUGCAGCAGGGGGACCAUGACUCCAGACCGGGCCCUCUGAAGGAGCCGUCCCGCCACUCGCUCACAUUAUGCAGCAUCCUUUGGACAUGGGGGCGCAUUACUAUCCUCCGGAGGUUCAGCCGGACCACAGGACUCACCGUUACCGGAGUUUUAUGAUAGAGGAAAUCCUGACUGAUGAGCCGGAACACAAGGCUCCAGGGCCGGCUGGAGAUCUGCUCAAGUUUGGCGUACAGGCGUUGCUGUCUGCCCGGCCGUUUCACAGCCAGUUGGUGCUGAAGUCCGACCAGACCAGCCUGCUGAAGUUCCCGCUGUCUCCGCUGCGUUGCUCGCUGGCUUCUCCGCUCUCCUCUCCGCUCCUGGCGGCGGCGCCGGUCCUGCAGGUCGGCGCUGCAAGCAACCACCUCCCGCUGGACCUGCACCUGCGGGGGAAGCUGGAACACGGAGCUGACGGAGGCAAGACGAAGAAGGGCCGCCGGAGCCGGACCGUGUUCACCGAGCUUCAGUUGAUGGGCCUGGAGAAGCGCUUCGAGAAGCAGAAGUACCUUUCUACCCCGGACAGAAUAGACCUGGCUGAGUCUUUGGGCCUCAGUCAGCUCCAGGUGAAAACGUGGUACCAGAACCGAAGGAUGAAAUGGAAGAAAAUAGUGCUGCAGGGAGGAGGUCUGGAGUCCCCCACCAAACCCAAAGGCCGACCCAAGAAGAACUCCAUCCCCAGCAGCGAGCAGCUGUCAGAGCAGGACCGAGCUGCAGACGCAGACCGGCAGUCUGAGGGCUCCGGCCAGGACUGAACCUGCGAUGGACCGGACCGAACCGAACCGGACCGGACUAAUAGAACCUGUGGGAUGCUGGGUGUGCAGGAGGGGAUGUCUGCUGGAUGCAGUCCGGCGUUCCGCCUCCAGCAGCCCGCUUCUGUCGCUGCUGCGGAGCAAAAGGUCCGGCCGGUUCUGUAAGGAUCCACUGAUGAACUCUUUAUGUAACGAUUUUGUUUAAUUAUUAAAUAUUUUUUCAUUAUU